GAGAGCCAGAGCAAAGUUCAUGAUCUAUGGCUCUGCAGCAGAGCAAUAUGAAAGGGUUUGGGAUUAUGGCAAGGCUGGGUAUAAUCCUGAAAGUGGGGUGUAUGUGGUGGUUGAGAGAGCAGACAGACCAGAACCUCCUCUAUUCAUGAGGAUGUAUAUCUGUUUGGCAGCAUUAAAGAAAGGUUUUAACAAAGGUUGUAGGCCUCUCAUUGGCCUUGAUGGCUGUCACUUGAAAGGGGCCUAUCCUGGUCAAAUACUUGUGGUUGUUGGCAAGGAUGGGAAUAAUCAGAUUUUCCCCUUUGCAUGGGCAACAGUGGAGGUGGAGAAUAAGGACACUUGGUGCUGGUUCAUUCAGUGUUUGCAGAAGGAUGUUGGUGAUUGCAAUGAAGGAUUGGGGUUUACCUUGAGUGAUAGACAAAAGGGUCUGCUAGAAGCCUUAGAUGAAUUAGUCCCAAAUGCUGAGAAGAGAUUUUGUGUCAGGCAUAUUUGGGCUAAUUUUAAGCUCCAAUUUACUGGAUCUACUUUCAAAGAGUUAUUUUGGAAUGCAGCAAGGGCAACCACUUUGUUUGACUUUGAGGUUGCAAUGGAGUCUAUUAAAUUUUUAUCAGAAGAAGCAUUUGAGUAUUUAGCAAAUAUCUCACCAUCACACUGGUCAAGGCAUGCCUUUUCUGAUUGGUGUAAGUCCAACAUGUUGCUAAACAAUCUCUGUGAAACUUUUAAUGUUGUUAUAAAAGAUGCAAGAGACAAGCCCAUUCUCACUCAGAUGGAGUGGUUGAGAUGUUACAUGAUGAAGAGGAACUGUGAGAAGUGGGAGGCAGUUCAAAAAAUGGAAGGAAAGAACAUGCCUUAUGUGAGUAAGGUUUUUGGAAGGAUUGAAAAGGCUGCAAGAUAUUGCAUUGUGCAGUUGUCUAGAGGGGAUAGUUAUGAAGUAGAAUUGAAUGGGGAUAAGGUGGUUGUUGACUUAAAGAUGAAGGCAUGCUCCUGUUAUCACUGGCAGUUGACUGGCAUACCUUGUGUGCAUGCUUAUGCUUGCAUACUUGACAAAAGGGUGGACCCAGAUGAGUAUGUGGAUGCUUACUACAGUAGGGCAACCUACAUUCUUGCAUAUCAAGAUGCCAUCUAGCCUAUGCCAGGCCCCAAGCAUUGGGAGAAGAUUGAUU